AUGGAAAACCAACCAAGCAGAACUGAGUUUGUUCUCUUGGGACUUACAAAAGAUCCACUCCUUCAAAGCCUCCUAUUCACUGUGAUUUUAAUUAUUUGCCUAAUCAUUUUAUUAGGAAACACAGUAAUCAUGAUGGUCCUAAGGACUGUCAUCCACCUUCAUUCUCCUAUGUACAUAUUCCUCUUUCCUUUAGCCCUUGUUGACAUCUGUUAUGCUGCUGCUGUUGUUCCAAAGAUGCUGGUGAAUUUCCUUGUGAAAGGAAGCAUAAGCAUUGCUGUCAAUGCUUGUAUGACUCAAAUGUUCUUCAUCUCCCUCUCAGCUGGGUGUGAAGUUUUCAUGCUUUCAGUAAUGGAAUAUGACCGAUAUUUGGCCAUCUGUAACCCACUGAAGUAUCAAGAGGCUAUGAGCAAACAUUUCUGUUAUCAGCUGGUGGGGAGUGCAAGGGCAAUGGGUCUCUCAUACUCAGUUCUAAACACAAUUCCUGUGUUAAAUAUUCAAUUCUGUGGGCAUACAGAAAUCAAACAUUUCAGCUGUAAGCUGCCCCCUCUCCUGUCUGCUUCUUGCAGUGCGACCUUUCUCAGUAAACUUCUUUUUUCUGCUGUGAUCUUUGGGUCAAGCUCCUUUUUGCUCAUCUUCAUCUCCUACAUCUAUAUCAUUGCCGCUGUCUUGAAGAUACAGUCUGCAGAAGGGAGGCACAAAGUUUUCUGCCCUUGCAUCUCCCACUUCACUGUAGUGGGGUUACUCUACAUAACUGCUCUGUUCCAAUACACAAAACCCAAACCAGUCUCACCAAUCAUUCUAGACCAAGUCCUGUCCACCCAGUACAGCAUCUUAACUCCCAUGCUGAAUCCCAUCAUCUACAGCCUGAAAAACAAAGAUGUACAAACAGCCUUAGGCAGAAUUCUAAAGAAACUGCAAUUUUUUCAAACGUCCGAAGGACAGCACAAGGCCCUCUCCACCUGUGGGUCUCACAUCACUGUGGUGAUUCUGUUCUUUGGGCCGUGCACAUUCACCUACAUGCGCCCAUCCAGCAAUCUGUCAGAGGACAAAAGUGUGGCAGUGUUUUACACUGUCAUCACACCCAUGCUGAACCCACUUAUCUACACACUGGGAAAUGAGGAGGUGAAGAGUGCCAUGAAAAAACUGUGGAGUAGAAAAGUGGGAAGUGAAAAAGGAGAGGUGUAG